GAAUGCCUCAUGCCAAAAAUUUACGCCAUCCCUCUCAUGAUGAUCAAUAAACAAAUCGCAUUCUUCGAGUCGCUUCGAACGGAGACUGGCGCUGUGCGUGAGCUGCCGCCAGAGAGAUCCAAAUUGCAGCUCGGGAAGGUACAGCUCUUGGAGUACACGUAUCUGUGGCGUCUUCGAACGGUGUUCUUGCAGGCCAUUUACGACGCCGAGUAUGAUGCGGAGGCGGGCAACCAGGAUCUUGGUCCGCAUUGGAGGUGGCCACCUAUCCACGGGUACUUGGUCCGGGAGUACCGUGGGUGGGGUCACAAUCUCGCACAGAGAGGGGGGUACUGGAAAGAUGCACGCAACUCAAAUCGGAUUCCAUACGAAGAUGAGAGAAUUGAAGAUUUAGACUGGAUGUCGCAGCUGAAAGAGGGCAGGCAGAGACGAAAAUGGAGAUCAUAUCUGUGGGCAUGCAUCGGCCAAGGACUCGGACGAGAGCAAACAUACGAUGCGGAAGGGUGGUUAUGUUGGAAUCCUGGAAAUUCCAGGAGGGCGCCGGAGUCAGGACAGCCAUUUGAAGAGACUCAUGGCCAGCUGGAGGGAGAGGAAGGUGAGGCGGGACCGUCAACGAAGAGAGAGUUGCUGGAGAGUCUUAGCCGACGGGCCUCAUCUCGCCUUCAGUCGGAAGUACGAAAGUGCGAUAACAUUGCUGGAGAUGAUGAUGCUGUAUUGGCCAUGAGUGUCAAAGGUGGACAUGAGCAUAGUUGGGAUGAUUCGGAUGCAGAAGAAGAAGCUGUUCUCAACAUGGUCGUGGGCUAGAUGGAAUGAUGU